GAGAGGUGUCAGUGAGUUCCCGCGAGAUGUGACGGAAGCCCGUGGAGGACCUGGGCUUUAAUGUGCGGUUCGGCCGGUGGUCGUGUGUGGGGACCAUUGUCAUGAAAAGGAGACUAUAAUAAGUUCACCUUAUGAAAAUCAGCUUACAUGUGAAAACUGCCAGGUAAUACAAGGACCUGUGGAAUAUGAGUGAUGACAAACCCUUUUUAUGCACUGCCCCUGGAUGUGGACAGCGUUUUACCAACGAGGAUCAUUUGGCUGUCCAUAAACAUAAACAUGAGAUGACACUGAAAUUUGGUCCAGCUCGUAAUGACAGUGUCAUUGUAGCUGAUCAGACCCCAACACCUACCCGAUUCCUGAAGAAUUGUGAAGAAGUGGGUUUAUUCAAUGAACUAGCAAGCCCUUUUGAAAAUGAAUUCAAAAAAGCGUCUGAAGAUGAUAUUAAAAAAAUGCCUCUAGAUUUAUCACCUCUUGCAACACCAAUUAUAAGGAAUAAGAUUGAAGAGCCUUCAGUUGUUGAGACAACUCACCAGGAUAGCCCUUUACCUCAUCCAGAGUCCACUACCAAUGAUGAAAAGGAAGUGUCUCUGCAGCAGACAGCGCAACCGACAUCAACAAUUGUUCGUCCGGCUUCUCUACAGGUUCCUAAUGUGUUGCUUGCAAGUUCUGACUCGAGCGUCAUUAUUCAGCAAGCCAUACCUUCACCAACUUCUAGCACCGUCAUAACACAGGCGCCAUCCUCCAAUAGGCCAAUAGUACCGGUGCCAGGUCCUUUCCCUCUGCUGUUACAUCUUCCUAAUGGACAAACCAUGCCUGUUGCUAUUCCUGCCUCGAUCACAAAUUCUAACGUGCACGUCCCAACCGCAGUUCCACUUGUUCGACCUGUCACCAUGGUGCCUAGUAUCCCAGGAAUUCCCGGGCCCUCCUCCCCGCAACCUGUGCAGUCAGAAGCUAAAUUGAGAUUAAAAGCUGCUUUGACCCAGCAGCACUCUCAGGUAACAAACGGAGAUACUGCCAAGGGACAGACUAGCGGAUUGGUCAGAACUCGGUCUGAAGAAGCACGAACGCAGUCGCUACAACAACCUGCCACGUCUACUACUGAAACACCGGCUUCUCCAGCUCAGCCUGCGCCUCAGACUCCAAAUACAGGUGGUCGCCGAAGGAGAGCAGCAAACGAAGAUCCUGACGAAAAGAGGCGAAAAUUUCUAGAACGGAACAGAGCAGCUGCUUCAAGAUGUAGGCAAAAAAGGAAAGUCUGGGUACAGUCUUUGGAAAAGAAAGCGGAAGAUCUGAGUUCAUUAAAUGGUCAAUUACAGAAUGAAGUCACCCUGCUGAGAAAUGAAGUGGCACAGCUGAAACAGCUGCUUCUGGCUCAUAAAGAUUGCCCUGUAACCGCCAUGCAGAAGAAAUCUGGCUAUCAUACCGCAGAUAAAGACGAUAGUUCUGAAGACAUUUCCGCACCAAGUAGUCCUCACACAGAAGCUAUUCAGCAUAGUUCUGUCAGCACUUCCAAUGGAGUAAGUUCGACUUCCAAGGCAGAAGCAGUGGCAACAUCCGUUCUCACCCAGAUGGCAGACCAGAGUACAGAGCCAGUGCUUUCGCAGAUUGUAAUGGCUCCUCCGUCCCAAUCGCAGCCUUCGGGAAGUUGAUUAAAAACUUGUGUCGUUUCUUAGAUAUUCCUUAGCAGCUUCAAAGGGAAAACCAAGGAAAUCAGCCUUCGCCUAGGAGAAUUUCUGUAGCUUAAAAAUUAUUCAUCUGUAAAAUUCAAACUUGAAUUUGGCUUUGAAAGUUGGCAAACAAUGGAAUUGCACAGCAGGUUCUGGUCUCUGAAUAGAUGCCCAGGUUAGUUGUUUUUUUCUCCAUUUCUAAUUAGGAUCGCUAGUUAUUUUCAGUGCUCGUUGUGUAAAGUGUCGGUACAGUUGAAAUGUACUUGCUUCUCUAGCAUUUGGUGGUAUUCCAGGAACCAUUGAGAUCAGUUAUUUAAUGCUCGUCCCCAAAACUGUGAUCGUAAUCUUGUAACAUUUUAUACCAAAGUUCUGCAUAGAUUCCUAUUGACUUUGUAUAGUCAACAAGAUCAUAAAGCACUAGGCAAGGGGGGGGAGAGAAAGGAACAGUAAAUUUGCUUUGAGUCUUUUUGCCUUUAUAUUGUUUUGCACAUUCUGAGAGGAAAACCAUUGGGAGAAUAUGUUUGAUGAUAUUGUGUAGCAUUUUCUUUGGCUUUUUAUUGUUUGGGUGUUGUUGGUUUUGUUUUUGUUUUUUAAAAGAAUUUUGUUUAUAGGGCCAGUACAGUAUAUGAUAUACAGUACUUUUUUAUGCACAUAUGUAAUCUUGAUCAGGGUCAUUACUAGCUAGAUUUUCCUUUAAAAAAAAAAAACCUUACG